CUUCUUCCAGUUCUAAAAUUCAGCUCUAAAAGUUAAAACCCACCAAUUCUCUUCUCUCGCUCUCACGCACUCUCUCUUUCUCUCUGUUUCUUAAAUUUCUCUCUCUAAACAAAUUUGAUGUUGUCCGUGACUGUCACUGUUACUUUGCAUGUUAUAGAAAGAAGACGAUGGAGCAGCAGCAGCAGCAGCUUCUACAUUUUUCCCAUUCAAAGCAUCCCUUGGUCUUUUAUCCCCGAAGUCAUUUUUAGAUUAUCUAGAUUAGAAGAGAUUUACAUACGUAAUUGUAAGGAGCUUCGGGAAAUUCAAAUUCCAAGGCUUCCACAAUCUAUUAGAGAAGUGAUGAUAGAACAAUGCCCAUCGUUGCUUCCACAAUCAUCAAGUAGAUUAUUGAAUCAGUUUGGAAAAAUUCUAGGGAUUCUAUCGAAUAGAGUUCGUGAAGGUGCAAGAAGCGACAUAUUAAUGGAUCUCUUUGACGACUCUGAAUCUGAAUCUGACUCUGAAAUUGAGUAUAGGUUUAUUUUACUACCAGAAACUGAGAUUCCAAAGUCACUUAAAUUCAAUCAUCAGAGUUUUGGAAAUUCCAUAUCAUUCAAGGUUGGUUGCAAAUUUCCAAAAUUGGUCGUCUGUGUUGCUUUUCGUUCUGCGGAGGCACAUAUGGGUUGUCGAUGCUUUGGGGCUCACGUUUCCAUCAAUGGUUGUAAGCAGUAUUCCGAAUAUAGACCCACAAAAGAAAGCUACGAGGAACUGUGGUUAUUUUCUAAAUCUCUAGGGCAGUUGAAUAAACCAAAUCUAUCUGAACAGAAUCAGGUGGAGGUUGAGGUUAGUUGUGUAAUUGGCCCUCGUUAUGAAUCAGUUUAUGGUCCUGCCUACUGGUGUCAAAGAGGUGGAUACCGGCAUUGGAUAGACACCAUUCAUCAUAAAUCAUGUGCGGAAUUGCCGCUUGGGUUGCACCAUCCCUUGCACCCAAUCCAUCCUCUUAUUCUCUCUCCCGAACAGAUAGAUUAUGGCAAAGACAUUCAAUUUAGCAAUUGCCUACUCUGCAAUGAAUCUCGCAACCAAUACACUUAUCGGUGUUUCCGCUGUGACUUCAACCUUCACUUCACAUGCGCUUCUUUACCGGCCACCACCAUGGAACCUGAAUUCCACGACCACCCAUUGACCCCCAUUUUGAAGUCGUUCACAUUCACUUGCGACCUUUGCGGCAAAGAAGGCAAAGGUACGCCCUACCUGUGCCAUCUAUGUAGUUUCUGGGUUCAUGGAAGAUGUGCUUCUUUCCCACGCGUGGUCAAAGUUGUGCGUGACAGGCACCUCCUCCACCUCACCCAUUCUUCUCUUGAAUUCCAUCAACUCGACUCCCGAUUUUGUCAAAUCUGUGUUCAAAAAGUGGACACACGCUAUGGGCUUUACUAUUGCUCUAGAUGCAAUUUCGUUGCUCACCUCAAUUGUGCUCUCGACACCAGAAACAGGGAGUACAUAAAUUUGAAGGAAUUUAAAGAUGUGGAUGAAGUUCCAGAGCUGAAUGAAUCGGCUGACUCAGCAACUUACGAAGUCAAAAAAUCCAAUAUGAAGGAAGACGGAACUCAAAUAUUCGAAGAAAUUAAACACAUCAGUCACGAGCAUGACUUAAAGCUCACGAAUGAGGUUCCAAUUAACCAAAUAUGUGAUGGGUGUGUAAGAGCCAUUUUCCCUCCGUAUUAUAGUUGUGUAAAGUGUAGAUUCUUUCUUCAUGAAUCUUGUGCUAAAUUACCCCCACAAAAACGACAUCCACUUCAUCAACACCCACUCAUCCUCCUCCCAAUGAAACCAAGUAAGUAUUUUAGGUGUGAUGCCUGUUCUCAGUAUUGCAAUGGCUUCACCUAUAAGUGUGAGAAAUGCGAGUUUUAUCUAGAUGUUCAAUGUAGUUUGAUCUCAGACAUCCUUACCCAUGAAGGUCAUGAGCAUCCACUUAUCCUCUCCUACAUGGCACACCGACAGAAAUGCAGUUGUUGCGGUAAUGAAAGCUACCAAGUAUUCCGUUGUAGCACUUGUGAAUUUGCACUCGACUAUAAAUGCGCUAUACUACCACAUACAACAAGGUACAACCAACAUGAGCAUCCCUUCACUCUAUGUUAUAGACUUGAAGAUGACUCUGGUGAAUAUUAUUGUGAUAUUUGUGAAGAAGAACGAGACUCAAAACAUUGGUUCUACUACUGUGAAGAUUGUAGUUAUCCUGCUCAUCCCAAAUGUAUUCUUGGGGAAUACCCAAAUUAUAAGUUUGGAGGUAUUUACACAUUUGACUGCCACCCACACCCCGUUACUCUCGUUGAGAAAACUAAAAACCACCCUCCAUGUCACAAAUGUAAUAAUUCUUACGAAUAUUUUAUCUAUCAAUGUGUCCAAUGUAAUUUUAACAUGCACGAAUUUUGUGCAUUGAAAGGGUAAAUAUAGUUUUGUAUUUUAUUUAAUUCAAGACU